AUGUUUGUUCCUUUUGCUACAAUAUGUUUUUUCACAGUAACAAUGAUCUGUCCUGCUAUCCAUGCAGUAGUGACGAACAACCGGCCAGCAUUUAAUUGCACAUCUUGGGCGCAGCUGACAUCUAACGAGAGUGCUGACUACGAACGAAUUAACUUGAUGAGAUGUAUAGAAUUCAACUACAACAAGCUAUUGAACUCUACCGUGGCCGUAGUUGCGUAUCGUGAACAAGAUGGGUUGUGUAUUUCUGUGCCGGAUGAUAACUAUAACUCGACAGGAGCUUGGGCCAAGGCCAUAGCUCUGUCGUGUUGGAAAGUCCAUUAUGUUGGGUCUUUUAGCUUGAUUGGACCAUUAUCAGAAUAUGAUAUUGGCCUGACCAGGAUAGGAACUAUUGUGGAAAUAGGUCACGGCACUUUAAACUUGACAAGUACUAAUACGACGUCGAGGUCCACUCCCACACAUCGAAGUUUUUUUACAAUCCAACCUACAACACUGCAAUUCAUGCCUCACCAUUCGAAGCUGAUCUAG